ACAUGGUAGGUCCAUAUGUGCAUUUCAGAGACGAUGUCCUACCGUGUUUACACCGUGAAACCUCGCAGUUGUGUUGUUGACAUUGUUGCAGCAGCAACACAUGGAGUGGGGGUUAGCUAGCUAACAAUAGCUGACGACGGGUGGCGACUACUUGCUGAAACACCGUGUUGGCCAGAGACCUUCUCCACCCGUCACUUGACCAUGAGAGACGACAACAUAAAAAGAAAAGACUUGUUCAGAGUCCCAACUCCUACUUUAUGGACGUGAAAUGCCCAGGCUGCUACAAGAUCACCACUGUGUUCAGUCAUGCACAGACUGUGGUACUUUGUGUGGGAUGCUCAACAGUGCUGUGCCAGCCCAAAGGAGGAAAGGCCAGACUAACAGAGGGUUGCUCUUUUAGGAGGAAGCAACAUUAGAUGGACAUUGGAAACGUAAUGACUGAAUUUAAGCAGUGCCUUUUUAUAAAUCUUCCCAUUGAUUAAAUGGUGUCCAAUGACUAGUUAUCAUACAAAUUUUAACUUUUAGACAAAAAAAUUACUGGCAGAAUUUAAUACGCAAAUCUCAGUAAAUAAAGACAGCAAUAAAAAA